GAUGAACAAACAGUCCCUCAUAUAAACACUGACAAAGGUCAUCACUUCAAGCAAAAAAAAGAAAAGCUCCCUAACUAGGACAACCUCUUUGUUUUCCUUCAAAUUCUUCCAACAUUUUUCUGGGUUUUUCUGUUCAUUUGGGAAACAGAACAACUACAUUAGUAAAAAUGAAGAAGACUAGAUUCAUACAUGUUGAUCAACUCAACCAGCUUAGAGACAUAUUCUCAAGAUUUGACAUGGAUUCUGAUGGCAGCUUGACUCUGCUAGAGCUUGCAGCAUUGUUAAGAUCAUUGGGGUUAAGGCCGUCAGGCGAUCAACUCCAUGUGCUGUUAGACAGCAUGGAUUCGAACGGUAAUGGCACGGUGGAAUUCGAGGAAUUGAUAAGUGUUAUUAGGCCAGACCUGAAUGAAGAGCUAUUGGCAAACCAGGAACAUCUCUUUGAGAUUUUUCGCUCGUUUGAUCGCGAUGGGAAUGGAUACAUUACCUUGGCUGAAUUGGCAGGAUCUAUGGCGAAAAUGGGACAGCCGUUAACAUACAGAGAGCUUACUGAGAUGAUCAAAGAGGCUGAUACAGAUGGAGAUGGAGUUAUUAGCUUUCAUGAAUUUGCUACCAUCAUGGCCAAGUCUGCAACAAGUUUUCUUGGUCUUCAAUCUCAAUGAUUAUGUAUUACUUUACAUUAUUUCCAAAUAGGCGUAGUGAGUUUUAGAGUAGUAGAUUCUUUUCAUUGAUAAGGGGG